GUCACUUCCGUUCUUCCGAAGCGAAUUCACAGCAACCUCGUCGUAGACAACAAGGAAGAACGCGAUAGAUUAAUGCUCGUGUGUUUAUAAAUUUGAAUGAUCAUUUAUCGUACACUCUUCUAGGGAGUGUGACCCACAUCUGCAUCAAAAUGCCGGAACGAGAAACCGAAGCCUACUCCAACCCCCUAGCCCCCGACAACCAUGAGGUGGAGGACCACCGCUCCGCGAUGCAGUCCAAGCUGACCAAUGACGACUUCCGUAAGCUGUUGAUGACCCCUCGCUCCGCGCCGUCCUCAGCACCACCCUCCAAGUCCAGACACCAUGAAAUGCCACGGGACUACAAUGAGGAUGAGGAUCCAGCUGCUCGCAGGAGGAAGAAGAAAAGCUACUAUGCCAAGCUGCGGCAGCAGGAGAUUGAGCGGGAGCGCGAGCUGGCGGAGAAGUACCGCGACCGUGCCCGCGAGCGCCGCGACGGCGUCAACAAGGACUACGAGGAGACGGAGCUGAUCAGCACCACGGCAAACUACCGAGCCGUGGGCCCCACAGCCGAGGCCGACCACUCGGCUGCAGAGAAGAGGCGCCAACUCAUCCAGGAGUCCAAGUUCUUGGGAGGUGACAUGGAGCACACUCACUUGGUGAAGGGGCUGGAUUUUGCCCUGCUGCAGAAGGUGCGAGCUGAGAUCACCAGCAAGGAGAAGGAAGAGGAGGACUUGAUCGAGAAAGUCCAGAAAGAAGUCAAGAGAGAGGUGGAGCCGGAGGAAAAGAUUGAGUUCAAGACUCGUAUGGGAAGGAACAUCUACCGUAUCCUGUUCAAGGGGCGCCAGACGGAGCGUAACGAGCUCUUCCUGCCCGGCCGCAUGGCCUACGUGGUCGACCUGGAGGACGAGUACGCGGACACUGACAUCCCCACCACGCUCAUCCGCAGCAAGGCUGACUGUCCUACCAUGGAGGCCCAGACCACCCUCACCACCAAUGACAUUGUGAUCAGCAAGCUGACCCAGAUCCUGUCCUACCUGCGCCAGGGAACACGCAACAAGAAGAUGAAGAGGAAGGAGAAGGGCAAGCUGGAUGAGAAGAAGGCUCCGGAAGCAGACAUCAGCAUCUUCGAGGACAUCGGCGACUACAUCCCCUCCACGUCCAAGGCUGUGAGGGACAAGGAGAAGGACCGCCACCGGGAGAGGGAGCGAGAGAGGGACCGGGAGAGGGAGCGAGAGAGGGAGCGGGAGGAGGAGAAGAGGCGACACAGCUACUUUGAGAAGCCCAGGGCUGACGACGAGGCCCUGGAGAUCGAGCCAGCCCCAGUGUCUAUCAAGGACCAGAUCAAGCUGAUCAAUGAGAAGUUUGCUGGAACCACUGCCCAAUGGCAGGCCGAGGAGACUGCAGGUAGUCGUCGUGAGGAGAAGCAGCAACUGGGAGAUUUCUUUGGGAUGUCCAACAGCUACGCAGAGUGUUACCCUGCAACCAUGGAUGACCUGGCAGUGGACAGUGACGAGGAAGUGGACUACACCAAAAUGGACCAGGGUAACAAGAAGGGUCCUCUCGGGCGCUGGGACUUUGAUACUCAGGAGGAGUAUAGCGACUACAUGAACAACAAGGAGGCCCUGCCCAAAGCGGCGUUCCAGUACGGCAUUAAAAUGUCCGAGGGGAGAAAAACGCGGCGCUUCAAAGAGACCAAUGAGAAAGCAGAGCUGGACCGCCAGUGGAAGAAGAUCAGCGCAAUCAUCGAGAAGAGGAAGAAGAUGGAGGCUGACGGGGUCAGUGUGAAGAGGCCCAAGUACUGAGAGCUCCUCCUGCACACCCCAUCUUCCACAAAACCCCGCUUGUAAAUUUAGGACGUGUCGGAUGUUUAGUUUCUCCAUUUCCAGCCUCUCCUAGUAUUGCUGCCGUUCUUAUAAUUAAUAUUACUACUACCAUUAUAAGAUACUAUGUUCUUUCAACAUUAUUCUUAUGUAACAUUAUUAUUAUUAUACGUAUUACUUCUGUUCCUGCCAUGGUCAAGUGUGAUAUCCUAGUCUGGGCCCCUCCCUCCAGUGAUGAACCAGAAGCAGUGAAUCCAACCAGUACCUCUGAUUUAUUUGGCUUUAUUUUUUUUAACACAACACAUGAUUAUGAACACAUUUGUAUAGAUCCGAGCAAGUUUGUAUAAUAAAGUUUAAAAAAGUCGAA